AUGACAAUCGCAGAUCAAAAAGAUGUAUGCAAAGGCUACUAUUGCGAUCCAAAUGCAGAAUUAAAUCAGAGAAGUAAUUAUAUUUUCGAAUAUAUCAUACAUCAAAAUCUUGUUAAGAGUAGAACUGCUGUAGAAAAUCCUCAGGACGCAGAUUUGUUCUAUGUACCUAUAUAUUUAAGCGCAUAUAACCUAUAUAAAAAGAAAGCAAGCUAUCAGUCGGUAAUUACUCCAUACUUAUUAGACAAUAGUUAUUGGUAUGAAAAGCAUGGAGGAGUUGAUCACAUUUUCACCCAGAUUUACAAUUUGAAUUCAAACCUUCAAGAAUUGCCUUCAAUGAUAUCUACUGGCGAUAUUUCAAACGAAUAUUCUACCAUGUCACCAAGAGAACUAUGGAGGCUGACUAUUGUUCCAUAUUCGUCGAGUUAUCCAGAUAACGAAAAUCAGACCCGCAGAAUACUAUCCGCGUUUUUUGAGAGUCACACAAGCAUAUAUUCGACAAAUCAAAUUGCAAAAUCAAUCAGAACGAAUUUAAUUGCAGAAUUAUCUCAAAUGCGGGACUCGCUUACAAUUGCAAAGAAGGUAUCGAAAGAGCGUGCUACAACAAAUUUCGACGUUGUCUACUUAAUGUCCAUUUCGGAUUUUUGUCCAUCACCACAUGGGGAUACUCCGAAUUCCAAACGAUUCUUCGAUGCAAUAAAGAGACGAUGCAUUCCAGUUGUACUAAGUGAUGAUGUUCAUCUGCCUUUUGAUGAACUUUUCGCUGAUUAUUCUGGAUCUUUAAUACAAGUACCAAUGAGAGAUAUUAGAUCAGUUCCUGCUAUUGUUGGUAUGAUCCCAGAAAGUGAAAAACAACGUAUAAGGCAUAGAAUUGAUGAAAUAUCAGAACUCCUUAAUUUUAGCUGGACGUACGAAGAACACAACGGAGAUCUCAUUUGGGCAUGGAAGUGGACCCAAUUUUACAAGGCUGCAACAAUUGCUGCAUCAAAAAGAAGAGAUCUUGUCAAAAAUAAGUACUACAAGCCAAAGUUUAUUCCUGAAUAG